AUGGGUGGUAGUUGCUACCCUCAAAUGCAAAUGCAACAGCAGCAACCAAUGUGUCAACCAGUCUGCGGCUCAGGAUAUCAAUGUGGUCCAUAUGGUUGUGCAAAAGUUCGAGCUCGAGCUCGGAGUGCUAAUCUUUUCAAGCCUAAAUUAGCCUAUGAGGAGCCGAAACUACCGUUUCCAAACUUUUAUUUGCAGAGUCCGAAUCAGUUAUUCAUGGAGUGCUGUGAAGAAAGACAGCUUCCAGAUGUUUGCUUGCAAAAAUGCACCUUCAAUACUUUCACCAAAGAUGCGCUGAUAAAUAUGUAUUUCAAACGAGAUCCUUGUCCAAUCGCAGCAGCAGCAGAAAUCCAGUAUUGUGCUGCGCAAGGAAAGGAUCAUCGUGAUUGCUGCGUACGAAACGGCGUGGGAACAACACUGGCUGGAGGUAGAUGUUUAGUAUUUUGUGAUCAACGUCCAGGUAACGUUACUCAACUUGACUUCAGCUACGUCAGUUGCUAUGAUCGUUUUGAUAGCAUAAAAAGCUGUUUCUGGCAUGAUAUUAUGGCACGUAAUUCAUUUCGACGAUUUUUACGGCAUUUUUGA